ACACAAGACUCUCUCUCUGUCUCUCUCUGUGCGUGUCUGACACCUAACACAAGCGCAGGCGUUAACUUGCGGAGCGAAUCAGAUUGCGGCACGACCGUCUUCAGCCACAUCUCGCAAGGCGACAAGUCGCGCGCACGACGACCCUUUCCUCCCUCCUUUCGUCUUCGUCAAGCUGAUCUCGGCCUCGUUGUUCUCUGCUUCUCUCAUGUCGAUUGCAGCUGCCUCCUCCCUCACCUUCGGUUCGUCACGCUACAAUCUGUGCCAUUCGGAAUGCUCGACAUCUUGUGGAAUCGCGGGCAUGGGCAGCUGGAUGAAACAUUCCCUCGACGGGCGAAGGGCUGUGGAUUUUCCUUCUAUGAGAUCACUACCCUUCCAAUGGCUGCCAAUAGGGAAUGAGCUCUGCCUUUCAAGGGUUUCCGUUGCUGCUGAUUACUCUGAUUCUCUUCCUGAUUCAUCUAAUUACACAAGCGACCAGGGUUACCAUCCUCUUGAAGAGGUUAAACCUUGCAAGAGAACCCGCGAAACUAAACUUACUUCAGCCGAAAUUGCAAGGACAACUGUUGAGGCCUGCAGUAACGCUUUGCUAGUUUUCCCCGGGCCUGUACACCGUGAGCCUCAUGAACAAAUAUCAUGGGCAGAGUUCCAGUAUGUUGUGGAUGAUUAUGGAGAUAUAUUUUUUGAAAUUUUUGAUGACGAGAACAUCCUAGAAGAUCGUGGUGCAACUAGCCCUGUGAAUGUAUUCAUUGGAAUGGAUAUACCAGUGUAUGAUAACAAGAAGAUGGCUGAUGAGUACGAUAUGUCAGAUAUUGGUAUGACUGAGAUAUCCUAUGAAGACGAUUAUCUCGAGGUAAUGGAAACUGAAGUGUUCGAUAAUGCAGUAGAUUGGGGGAUGCCAGAUCCAUCUAUCUUGGUCCAUCCGGUUUAUUUUGCCAAGUGCUUGACGAAGGCGGUCAAUGCGGAGUAUGACAAAAAGAUGGACACUCCAUCAAAUGGCUUGUCCAUUUUGGGAUGUCUCAGACCUGCUUUUUCUGAUGAAGAAUCUUAUCUGAGAAAGCUCUUUCAAAGUGAGGAUGCCGAUAACCACAACUUGGACUGGAAAGAUGCUGAUGUCGUUACCUUGGCUUCAAGCGACAGGAAAGGCUGUAACUCAAUAAUAUAUAGGUUAGAGAUUAUAAGAAUAGAGCUGUUCUCGGUGUAUGGUUCUCAGUGUGAAAUUCAUUUGCAAGAUUUUCUAGAUGCUGAGCCGGAUAUCCUUGUACACUCCACAUCAGCAAUUCUAGACCGCUUUAGCGAGAAAGGAAUUAGGUGCAAUGUUGCCCUGAAAGCUCUCUGCAAAAGGAAGGGGCUUCAUGUGGAGGUAAAGGAGACAGCCUCGGGAGCUAAUAUAAUUGGAGUUGACAGUCUGGGCAUGGAUGUCAGAAUUUAUUCUGGAACCGAAGUACGAACACACCGUUUUCCCUUCAAAAUUCAGGCCACAUCGGAAGCUGCAGCAGAAAAGCAGAUCCAGCAACUAUUGUUCCCGAGGUCACGGAGGAAGAAGUUGAGAACUCAUGGCGAUGGAUACAGGAACCCCGAUCCUUACUAGCUCUAGUGAUUUUCUCUGUAAUGGGAUUUGAAUAUUCGGAUUAAUUAUUAGGAAUAAGUGAGCCAUAAGCGUGGCUUUUUUUAAUUUUGUUAUUGAUAUUUUCGGCGAUGGGUAAUGUUCUUUCUUUGUUUAAUUUUUGUGCAAUAGUUUUCAAUAACGUAUAGGGAGAAUGUAGGAGAAGAUUUGAGUAGUCCUGGUAGUCAUCUUCUAUCUUCUACUAAGAGAUACAAAAUAAGGGAACUGCCGGAGAUUUGUUAAAGCGGUCAUCUCAAAUCAAAUUGAUGGCUGCGCGUGAUGUGAGCUUUGUUCACUUUUGUACAUAUAUAGAUCGGCGGAUGAUGGUUGUGCCUUA